AACAUGAUUGAUCGAUGUUGGAGACCAAAUCCUGAAUGGAGAAAACAUAGACAACAACUAGCAACUUGCUCUGUAGGCUAUGCUGGAAAGAUGACAAAAAACAUUGGUAAGGGUCUCAACCAUUAUAAAGUUAUUGACCCAAAUGAUGAUCCUAUAAAACCUCAACCUGGUACGUUGAGAUAUGGAGCUUCUGUAAUUCAAGGUAAAGUGUGGAUCACAUUUAAAAAAGACAUGAACAUUAAACUCAUAAAGCCCCUUCUCAUCAGCAGUUUCACAACCAUUGAUGGUCGCGGAGUCAAUGUGCACAUUGCUGAUAACGCGUGCUUAAUGAUAUCCAAGGCCACCAACAUAAUCAUUCAUAGCAUUCGAAUUCAUCACUGCAAAGCUCAAACCCCAGGGAUGGUGAUGGGGCCAAAUGGGAAGGUAAUUCAUUUGGGCCAAGUAGAUGGAGAUGCAAUUAGAUUAGUCACCGCUUCAAAAAUUUGGAUUGAUCAUAAUACACUUUAUGAUUGCGAAGAUGGUCUUCUUGAUGUCACACGAGGUUCUACUAAUGUGACUGUUUCAAAUAAUUGGUUUAGAGAACAAGAUAAAGUUAUGCUUCUUGGGCAUGAUGAUGGGUAUGUGAGGGACAUAAACAUGAAAGUUACUGUUGUGUACAAUCAUUUUGGACCUAACUGCAACCAACGAAUGCCAAGGAUUCGUCACGGAUAUGCACAUGUAGCCAACAAUCUUUACUUAGGAUGGAUGCAAUAUGCCAUCGGCGGGAGCAUGGGGCCUAGCCUCAAAAGUGAAUCUAAUCUCUUCAUAGCGCCGAAAGUUGGGAGUAAAGAGGUAACAUGGAGAAAAAUUGGUCAUACAAAUGAAGAUAAAUGGGAAUUUCAUUCGGUAAAAGAUACUUUUGAAAACGGAGCCGCCUUCGCAGUUACAAAAGGAAGUCGUGUGCCAAAACCAAACUAUAGCAAAGAACAAAUAUUUCAAGUUGUUGAUGUUAAAUCUAUAAGAUCUUUAACAAGAUCAUCAGGCGCAUUUCAAUGUAGUAAAACCUCCAUCUGUUGA